AUGCCUCCCCAUGCUCGACCUGGGCGUGGACCCAAGCCCCAAAAGAAUGGCCGCACAGAACAGCGACAGCAAAAACGCAAGAGAGACCAGGAAGAUCUUCAACAACUCCAGCAAAGAGUAGAUGACUUGGACCUUAAAUCAGAUGCCACAAAGAACUUCUCUCAUCUUCCUCUCUCCGUACCGACCGCCGAGGGCCUCGAGAUCGCUCAUUUCCAAACCCUAACCGACGUCCAAGCUGAAGCCGUUCCGCUCGCCCUCAAGGGCAAAGAUAUACUAGGCGCCGCCAAGACAGGAAGUGGAAAGACACUUGCUUUCCUUAUUCCUGUUCUUGAGAAGCUUUACCGUGCCCAAUGGACUGAAUUCGACGGUCUUGGUGCUCUAAUCAUCUCACCAACCCGAGAACUCGCUGCCCAAAUCUUCGAGGUGCUCAAAAAGGUUGGCACAAAACACUCCUUUUCAGCAGGUUUAGUCAUUGGUGGCAAGAGCUUGAAGGAAGAGGCCGAUAGAUUGGAUCGCAUGAACAUUUUGGUCUGUACGCCUGGUCGAAUGCUGCAGCAUUUUGAUCAGACGGCUGGUUUCGACGCCAACAACCUGCAGAUUCUGGUCCUGGACGAGGCGGAUCGCAUCAUGGAUAUGGGUUUCCAAUCUGCAGUCGAUGCUUUAAUUGAACAUCUUCCCAGGGAACGACAGACACUCAUGUUCAGUGCCACUCAAAGCAAAAAGGUCUCUGAUCUUGCCCGUCUCAGUCUCAAGGACCCCGAAUACGUCUCUGUUCACGAAGCUGCCGUCAGCGCCACUCCCACAAACCUCCAACAACAUUACAUCGUCACACCUCUGACGGAGAAGCUCGACACACUCUACGGAUUCAUCAAAGCUAACUUGAAGAGCAAAAUCAUCGUCUUUUUGAGUUCAGGCAAACAAGUCCGAUUCGUUUACGAGAGUUUCCGUCACCUACAACCCGGUAUCCCUCUUCUUCACCUUCAUGGACGUCAGAAACAGGGUGCUCGAAUGGAAAUCACUUCCAGAUUCACUGCCGCAAAGCAGACAUGUCUAUUUGCAACAGACGUCGUCGCCCGAGGAAUUGACUUUCCCGCUGUUGACUGGGUUAUUCAGGCCGAUUGUCCUGAGGACGUCGAUACAUAUAUCCAUCGAGUUGGUAGAACAGCUCGAUACGAAAGCAACGGUCGCGCAGUACUAUUCCUGGAUCCCAGUGAAGAGCCAGGCAUGUUGAAGAAGCUAGAGCUAAAGAAGAUUCCCAUACAAAAGGUGAAUGUGAAGGAGAAGAAGAAGAAGAGCAUCAAGGAUCAGCUACAAAGCAUGUGUUUCCAGAACCCCGAUCUCAAGUAUCUUGGUCAGAAGGCUUUCAUCAGUUACUCGCGAUCAAUCCAUCUACAAAGAGACAAGGAUGUUUUCAAGUUCAACAAGCUUGAUCUUGAUGGCUUCGCUGCUAGUCUCGGUCUUCCCGGUACACCACAGGUCAAGUUCCGAAAGGGCGAAGAUAUCAAGAAGAUAAAGAACGCACCUCGGCAGGGCAUGUCUAGUGGUUCUGAAUCCGAUGAGGAUGGAGAGAAAAAGAACAAGAAGAAGGAGGUGCGAACAAAGUACGACAAGAUGUUUGAGCGAACAAAUCAGGACGUUCUGUCAAGUCACUACAACAAGCUUGUACUCGAUGGCGAUGACAAUGACGAUGAUGAGGAGGAUUUCUUGUCAGUAAAGAGAGUGCUCAGGGAUGACGAUCUAGACGAUGAGGCGGGCGCAUACAAGAGCACAGCCAAGAUCAUUGAUGGUCUUGGUGGCGAGGAGCCUUUUGUUGUCGACUCCAAACGUCGCGAAAAGGCUCUCAAGUCAAAGAAGAAGAUGCUCAAGUUCAAGGGCAACUCUACCAAGAUGGUGUUUGACGAUGAUGGCAACGCCCACGCUGUCUACGAGCUCAGAGAUGAGGACGACUUUAUGGGUGAGGGUCCAGCCGAGGAACAGCGCCGCAAGUUCGUCGAAGACGAGACGUCGCGUGUUCGCGAGGCAGAUGUGGACGACAAGGCCCUCGCCAAGCAAAAGCGUCGCGAGAAGAAGGAGAAGCACAAGGCUGCCGAGCGAGCAGAGCGCAUGGGUAUUGUUUCAGACGACGAAGACGCGCCCAUGCUGCACAAUGCCGACGACGGCGAGGAUCCUUUGGCGCUGUUGCGAUCGCUGCCCAUGGGCGACGGGUCAGAGAGCGAGGGAGAGAGGGAGCCACCCAAGAAGCGAGCCAAGAAGUGGUUCGAGGACGACUCAGACGACGAGAAGAAGAGCAAGAGCAAGGGAAAGGUUAUCAGAGUCCAGGAAGAGCCCGAGACUCUGGAGGAUCUCGAGGCGCUUGCUACAGGACUGUUGGAUUAG